AUAAAAACAAAUAUGGCUGACUCAAGUGCUGAAAAUGACCCCAGUAUUUCAGACGAUAGCAAAGCAUUUAAAGUGAAAUUUGCGUUUCUGUUUGGAGUUACAUUUGCAUCGGUUAUCGGGGGUUUUGGUUUGGCUGUUGGUGUAACCCGAAGACGAUCUCCAACGUCGUUUUCCGGCCAGGUUCACGACGAAGGAGCGAAGCUAGCUAUGCGAGCCUUGGGUUGGGGGACAGUUAUAUCUGUCAGUGGGGUAGCGGCUAUUGGCAUUGUUGGAAAAUCUGCAUACGAGUUGAAAAAGGUAAUAUUCAAAGGAACAAUGGCACAACUAUAGAUCCACUAAGACAAAUUUGUUAACAGUCUAAACACGUUCGGAUUAUUCAACCAGUAUUCUUUUUAGGUUGUUUUCAGGUAAUCUGAUACAGAAAACUGACAUCAAAGAAUACAGUUGCAAGUGUUCGGGCAGUUGAGAAAAUACAGUCUCGUGCCCAAUGUCGGGACUUCUGAAGCACAUUGACUGACAUUUGAAAACACAUGUAUAGUUUCUUUUCAAAAAUUUGUUGUACACUUUUUUUGAUAAUUUACGUUAGCGAGCCUCAUUUUCAUGAAUCGUGAACUACAAUCGCCUUCCGUCUUCAUUCAUGAGAGCGAGGCUCCCAGGCCAAUAACGUAUUCAUGACGUAAUUAUCGAAAAGGUGUGUUGAGAAUAUCUUGAGACCAAAGAUUACGUACAGCAGCCCAAAAAUGUGUGUAGGAUGCCUAUGGAUUAAGUGACUGCAUAUCAGACAAAUAUCUACAUGGUUAUCUGGAAAUAUAUGGUAGUUGUCAUUCAUUAGGCCAAAAAAAAAAAUAUGUGGGUUUCCGGUUUCUUCUUAUAAAAACUUAGGUAGGGUAGGUCGGUUUUAACUUUUUUUUUUAAACUUUUUUUUUAAUUUUCCGAAUAAGCGGACGCCAUUUUGUUUAGUCGGUGCUUCCACAUCCAAAGAUAAAUUUCCCUAAUAUUGCCUCAAAUUUCAAUUUUCCACAAACUUUUUCCUCUAAGUGGAAACACUUACAAGCAUGAUCCAAUAAAAAAGUUUAGGGUCGGCAUUUCGACGUCGAAAAGCUAGGUAGGGUCGGGAAACCGGAAACCCACAUAUUUUUUUUUUGGCCUUAUUAUAGAUGCAACUCGAGAAUAAUGUAAAUAUACGAAUUUCAUGUAUGAUUAAUAAAAGUUGCAAUUAAAUCCACAGAAUUAAUAUAUUCAAAAGCAUUGUACAUUUUUAAGUUUUUGUCAUUCAGUUUGUCAUAUUUGUGUUAAUUCGAGUAAAUCUUUAUAAAGCACUUAUUACUCC